AUGCAGCCUUAUCCGUGGAAUGGUAAAUCUAUUCCGAGCACAUAUAAACAACAGCAGGCUAGUACACCAAAUUAUUAUAUUUCACCAAUCCAAAGUGACCAAAGUGAUUUUGAUGACUCAGGUGAGGAUCCCAAUUACCAAUUGAUUAAUAAAAGUAAGACACUAUCUCAGAUCGCACCUUUUGGUUCAUUGCUGGCUUCAUCCAACACCAGCAGUAGUAGCUCUAAGAGCUCAUCACGUUCUAAUAGCUCGUCAGACACGGAAAAUGAUAGUGCGCAUUUACAGCUUGACCCUCAAAAUACUAGGGUAGCGGAAAUUAAUUGCCAAGAGCUCGUUAUAAAAGAAAAAAAGGGUAAAAAGAGGGUACGAAAACCAACGAUGUGGAAAUCGAAAGUUGCGAAAGUGCUGAGAAAUUCUGGUAAAACCUACCAGUCUAUGUCAAAAUCAAAAUUACAAGUACCAGAGAGAAAAGUCGGCCUCCUCUGUGGAGAAAAAUGUCGGCUAAAAUGUAAAGAUAAGAUCAAUGAAAUAUCAAGGCAACAGCUUUUUGUGCAUAUUGGGGACUCAGCAAUCUUGAAAGGCAGAAAGAAUUUAUAG